UUCGAGACUUGACCACUCAGAACCCUUCUUUUGCGCCACCGCCGCAUAUUCCAUGAUGAUGCAACCGCAAAUUAUCCUCCUGAAAGAAGGCACAGACACCAGCCAAGGCAAGUCCCAAUUGAUCAGCAACAUUAAUGCGUGUCAAGCUAUCAUGGAAAGCGUCCGAACGACGUUGGGACCUCGCGGCAUGGACAAGUUGAUCCACAAGGGCAACAAAACCACCAUCUCGAACGACGGCGCGACGAUCAUGGGCCUGUUGGACAUUGUGCACCCCGCCGCGAAGACGUUGGUGGACAUCUCCCUGAGCCAGGACGCGGAAGUCGGUGACGGCACGACGUCCGUGGUGCUUUUGGGCGGGGAGUUUCUUCGCCAAGCGAAGCCCUUUAUCGAAGAAAACAUGCAUCCGCAAACGAUCAUCAAGAGCUACCGCAAGGCGUGUCAGCUGGCCGUGCAAAAGAUCCGCGAGAUCCAAGUGCGCGUGUCCGAGACGGACUCGGUCGCGUACCGUCAAAUGCUCGAACGUGUGGCUGGGACAGCGCUCAACUCGAAGCUGAUCAGCUCGCAGAAGCACUUCUUCUCCCCGAUGGUCGUGGACGCCAUCUUGAGUCUGGACACGGACAUGGACAUCAGCAUGGUCGGCGUGAAGAAGGUCCCCGGCGGGUCGGUCACCGACUCGUUCCUGGUCAAGGGCGUCGCGUUCAAGAAGACGUUUUCGUACGCCGGCUUCGAGCAAAUGCCCAAGUACUUCAAGAACCCCAAGAUCCUGCUGCUCAACGUCGAGCUCGAGCUCAAGUCGGAGAAAGAAAACGCAGAAGUCCGUCUGGACGACCCGUCGCAGUACCAGUCGAUCGUCGACGCCGAAUGGAACAUCAUCUACGACAAACUAGACAAAUGCGUCCAGUCGGGGGCCCAAAUCAUCUUGUCCAAGCUGCCCAUUGGCGAUUUGGCGACGCAGUACUUUGCCGACCGCGGCCUCUUUUGCGCCGGCCGCGUCGCGCAGGAUGACAUGGAGCGCACGAUGCGCGCUACGGGUGGGUUGAUCCAGACCAGCGUCCAGGACAUGACGCCCAGCGUUCUCGGCACGUGCGGCGUGUUUGAAGAGCAGCAGUGCGGGAACGAGCGCUACAACUUGUUCACGGGCUGCUCCAAGUCCAAGAGCACCACCAUCGUGCUGCGCGGCGGCGCCGAGCAGUUCAUUGAGGAAGCGCAUCGCUCCGUGCACGACGCGCUCAUGGUCGUCAAGCGGACAGUCACCACGUCCACGGUGGUGGCGGGCGGCGGUGCGAUUGAAAUGGAACUAUCGCGCCAUUUGCGCGAGUACUCGCGGACGGUGGAAGGCAAGGCGCAGCUCCUGAUCAACGCGUUCGCCAAGGCAUUUGAAAUCAUCCCGCGCCAGCUGAGCGACAACGCCGGCCACGAUUCGACGGACAUCCUCAACCGACUGCGACAGAAGCACUUCAAGGACCCUGACGCGGGCAAAUGGUUUGGUGUGGACAUCAACUCGGGCGGGAUCUGCGACACGUUUGAGUCGCAUGUGUGGGAACCCGCGGCCAACAAGAUCAACUCGGUGGCGGCGGCGACGGAAGCGGCGUGCCUGAUCUUGAGCGUGGACGAAACCGUGCGGAACCCCAAGUCGGAGCAGCCCCAGGGCGGCGCGGGCGGCGGACCAGGCGGCGCGCCGUUGAGUGCGGCCAUGGGCGGCCAAGGCAUGAAGGGGCUGGGCAUGGGCGGCCGGGGCGGCGGGUUAGGCAAGGGCGUGCGUGCGUUCCGCGGCAAGGGCGGCGCAUAGAUCGGAUAGCAUUUAGUACUUCUUUGGGAGCGAAUUACACACACACUCAUCACGAUAUA